AUGACAUCUCCAACGUUUAUCUUCCAUCUGACGUGUUUAUUCUUGUGGAAAAUGGUUCACACGACCAACCUGGAUUCCUCCUCAUCUGUUCAUCAAGGGCAAAGUUUUCUAUCAGUUCAAACUGGGAAAAACUUGACUUUGAAAUGUUUUCAAGAAGCCGGUUCAGCAGCAAGGCUUCACUGGUUCAAACAUACUCUCGGACAGAAACCGAGUCUCAUCUCAUCCUACCUCAGGUUUACAAAAGGCACUGCUAAAUUCCAAAAAUCACGCUUCACAUUGGAUACUGAAAAUGAUCGGAAUCACCUGACGAUAACAGAUCUGCACAUUAAUGACUCAGCUACUUACUACUGUGUGAGCAGCAAUACACACACAAUUGAUUUCUUGACGACAACUACUGUCAGUGUACAGGGUUCUAGUACAAACAUCCUAACUUUAGUUCAUCAGUCACCAUCAGAGACCAUCCAGCCAGGAGGCUCUGUGACUCUGAACUGUACAGUACAAACUGGGACCUGUGAUGGACAACACAGUGUUUACUGGUUCAAAGACUCUGAAGAAUCUCAUCCAGCACUCAUUUACACUGAUGGAGGCAGCUCUGAUCAGUGUGAGAGGAAACCCAACACACAAACACACACCUGUGACUACAACCUGCCGAUGGAGAACCUGAAUCCGUCUCAUGCUGGGACCUACUACUGUGCUGUUGCCUCAUGUGGACACAUUCUGUUUGGAAACAGGACCAAGCUGGACUUUGAAGAUGAGGACUCUCGUAUCUUGGUGUAUAUCUUGAGUGGAGCUCUAACAUUUACCACCGUCCUUAAUGUCCUUCUGGUUUUCUUGCUUUGCACGAUGAACAAGAGAAACCGCUGUGAAGUCACAGGUAUUGUAAAAAAAUAUUCUGUGUGGCUGACAGUGUGUGCGCACUUCACACGGUCUUAUAGUGUGAGCACUUUUCUUUCUUUUUCAGAGUCUAAUGCAAGAUGUUCAGCUCCCUCCACACCAAAUGCAGAGGAUGAACAAAACGAAUCAAACGUCCAACAUGCGGCAGUAAGAGACGAGAUCAGCAGAUCUAGCAGACAAAGGAACAACCGUGAGAUUGAAUGCACAUACUCAACUAUAAAGCCAUAGGAGUGUAUGUACUUCAAAGGGGUACCAAGCAGACACUGAGGUCAUUUUAUCACUGUGUCUUUCUUGUGACUACGUGUUGAAGCAGAAACUGUUGCUCCUUUCUGUAAAGAUGUGUUGAUUCAACCUGUUACUUUAGGGCUUUGCUACGGCAUCCGUUCACACUGAUUUAACUGUAUUUAACAGGAAAAAGUUACAUUUCCAUCAAACUCACAAAUAGCUAAAUUAUUCUUGUUCAUGCUUGUAUGUGAGAGAUAACUGUUUGAAUCCAAGAUGUUUUAUGAAGGAAAGGAAAAAACUGCAAGCAAAGUUUAAACGUCGAGAGGAGAGUUAGAAGACUAAAAUCAAAUUCUACUAUUUUUUUGUGUGUGCUGAGAAACAGUCAGUAACGCCCAACAACAAAUCAUGCCACUGAUAUUUAUACUUACUCAUAUGUACUUUCAGAUGUGCCUUGUUUUGGAUUUGUUUUGUUUCGUUGUUGUGUUUGUGUAACGUGGAGAAGUCGCACCGAGUCUCUAAACUAAACUUAUAUCAUGAUGGUAAUUGUUGGAAAAUGUGUUCAAAAACCACACACAUACACAAACAUUCCAGACCAGCCGAUGUUUUGUUAUGAUGUCAAAAUCCUUUUGGACACAAUGUUAUGAGUGAACAUGAAGUACUAACAAUUUCAAGUUUGAUGUAAUAACUUCAUUGUAUUUUGUGCAAUGGUAAUAAACACAAAUGAUGAAUAGUCAAGAUAUUCUGCCUGUGAGCCUACUCUUUUGCUUUCACACAUUGAGGAGGUUGUCUAUAUGAAUACAUCCAUGAAUAUGAACG